AUGGCGUCCACAGAGCCAAACCUCACACAAGAGGAGAUAUGGGAUGACAGCGCUCUGGUUAACUCAUGGAACGAUGCUUUGAAGGAAUACAAGAAAUAUCAUAGCAUUCACUCCAAAGGCGGAAACGUGGAGGAUGUUAUUAACCCAAAUAAGGUCGGCGAGGGUUCAGAUGCCAAGAGGAGAGAUGAGCCAGCAGAAGAUUGGAACGCCAAGGUAGACGACGUUGAUGCGCAAACGGAGGGAGUUCAGGAAAGUGAAAACGUGGCAGAUCAGCACAGCCAGCUUCCAGUUGCGGGAGCUGCAUUUGUUCCAGCGCCAUUGCUCGGUUCAGUGCGUGACGAGAGCCUCAAGAAGCUCUUAAUGUCGUGGUAUUAUGCAGGGUACUAUACCGGCUUCUAUGAAGGCCAACAGGCUCAGCAAUGA